UGCAUGGCAAUAUUAUUCGUUAUUUUUUAAAGAUUACAAAUGUAUUCAACCGUUCUUUUGUUUUAACCAAUUUAAUGCGUACGGAUGUGUGCGUAUUUGGCACGUGCAUAAUAAAAUACCUUUAUGUCCGCUAACUGAAAGGGAUGUGCUCAGGUCGAAUGUACGAUGUACUACAAUCGUAUUGCAUUGAUACGACCCCCUCUGAUCCCCAUCUGAGGCGUACCGGAGAGCCGCGUGACUUCUGAGCGUUAUUAUUUUUCUGAAGUUUUCUGAAGUGUCCCGCCGACUUAUGCUUGCAUUUCGUUCGGAUAUAUAUAUACGCGCACGCGUUGAUAAGCGCGACCAGAGUUAUGCCAGCUGCGGCCGCACAGAUCACUAGAGAUGCUAUUUGGCCGGUGUCCAAGGUUCCUAUACCGCCGGGCGGCUUUGGCCGGUGUCCAGCCAAAGUCGGGACGCCUCCGUUGUUAAGGACGUAUACGACGCUACAUGACGAUGACAACGACGACGACGACGACGACGAUGAUGAUGAUGAUGAUGAUAAUGCUGGCCGAGUACCACCUUCCUCCUCUAACCAUGUCAAGGGAUUUUCUUUUCAUCUAGCCCGUUAGUGUAAGCAUUAAAAGUUGACUACCACUGAUCGUAUUAUUUCGACCCAAAUUAAAAUGUUUGUAUUUCGUU